AUGUUGAGUGCCCCAGAAGACAUUCAACUCGGAUCUCAGUCUCCCCCCCCCCCCCUCUCUCUCUCUCUCUGCAGUGUUGAUAACAGCGAGUACAUGCGCAAUGGAGACUUUCUGCCCACCAGGCUGCAGGCGCAGCAGGACGCGGUGAACAUCGUGUGCCACACGAAGACACGGAGCAACCCUGAGAACAACGUGGGGCUCAUCACCCUCGCCAACCCCUGUGAGGUGCUGACCACUCUGACCCCCGACACAGGGAGAAUCCUAUCCAAGCUUCAUGCCGUGACACCCAAGGGAAAGAUCACAUUCUGUACCGGCAUUCGAGUGGCUCAUCUGGCUCUGAAACACCGGCAGGGUAAGAAUCACAAGCUGAGGAUCAUCGCGUUUGUGGGGAGUCCAGUGGAAGACAGUGAGAAGGAUUUGGUGAAAAUGGCAAAACGGUUGAAGAAAGAGAAAGUGAACGUGGACAUCAUCAAUUUCGGGGAGGAGGAGCUGAACACGGAGAAGCUGACCUCCUUCAUCAACACUCUGAAUGGGAAGGAUGGGACGGGCUCUCACCUGGUCACCGUGCCCCCGGGUCCCAGCCUGGCCGACGCCCUCAUUAGCUCCCCCAUUCUGGCCGGGGAGGGGGGUGCCAUGAUGGGGCUGGGGGCCAGUGACUUCGAAUUCGGGGUGGACCCCAGCGCGGACCCCGAGCUCGCUCUGGCUCUGCGCGUGUCGAUGGAGGAGCAGAGGCAGAGGCAGGAGGACGAGGCGCGGAGAGCAGCGGUCACAUCCGCAGCAGAGGCAGGAAUCCCGACACCCACUGGAGACGAGUCGGACGAGGCUCUGUUGCAGAUGGCGGUGAGGCAGCCGGAGAGCAGCGGCCCAGGGCUGCCUGACUUCAGCAGCAUGAGUGAGGAGGAGCAGAUCGCCUACGCCAUGCAGAUGUCUCUCCAGGGGUCAGAGUUUGGCCCGGGUGACUCUGCUGCAAUGGACACUGGAGCUGCGAUGGACACAUCGGAGCCACACAAGGAGGAGGAUGAUUACGAUGUGAUGCAGGACCCCGAGUUUCUGCAGAGCGUCCUGGAGAACCUGCCGGGGGUGGACCCCAACAAUGAGGCCAUCCGCAACGCCAUGGGCUCGCUGGGUACCCCCAAAGAGAGCGGCGCCGGGGGGACCAAGAAAGAGGAGGAGGACGAGGACGAGGGCAAGAAGAAAUAAACAGCCGGAGCCCAGCCGGAGCCCAGCCCAACCCAGCCCAGCCCGCUGUCCUUCUGGAACAACUGUGCUGAUAACAAUAAUAAUCAGAAUAGUUGAGAAUAUAAAUAUGUGGGUUUUUUUUGUUUUUUUUUUGAGGACUU